UUUUAUAAAAUUUUUAUAAAAAAUAGAAAACUCAAAAUCAGCAAAUUAACAAAAAAAAGAAGAAUAAAAAAAAACGAUUGAAAGGAAGAAAAAUGCCCUUCGUCGAAAAUCUCUACACCAAUUCGCCAGUAAUAUUAUAGUGUCUCUCUGUCUUAUGAGACAGAAUGUGUUCAUGUUAGAUUUGUAGAAUUAUACUAUAAAAAUAAUAAAACGGAAUGGUGAAAAUGGAAUCCACAGAGGAACAGGAUAGGAAGUUAGUUUUGGAGUUUUGUCAUUUGCUAGAGAAAUCCAAGCAAUUAUUUAAUGGACUUAGAGAUCUACCACAAUAUGGCCAUCGACAAUGGCAGGCAUAUUUUGGACGAACAUUCGAUGUUUAUACGAAACUUUGGAAAUUCCAACAACAACACCGAAUGGUUCUUGAUUCUAAGUAUGGUUUGAAACGUUGGCAAAUUGGUGAAAUUGCUAGUAAAAUUGGUCAACUUUACUAUCACUAUUACCUUCGAACUAGCGAAACAAACUACCUGAAUGAAGCGUACCAGUUCUAUGCAGCAAUUCGGGGUCGAGCUUAUUACUCGCGAGCAAUCAAAGAAGAUCGACCGGAUUUGAUGGUGAAAAAGUUGCGUUACUAUGCGCGUUUCAUUGUCGUGUGUCUGCUAUUAAAAAAGAUGAAACUGGUACGAGAGCUCGUCACCGAACUGGAGAAACAAAUACAGGAGUACACUACAACUUACGAGCCCGAAGACCAUCUUGAAUGGUCACUAGUACUAGAAGAGAUCAAAGGCUUCAUCAAAGCUGAAGCAGCUGUAGCUGUUCUUCAUGCGGAUUCUAAUCCUAUCAUUUUAUCGCACAGUGGUUCCGGUUCUAGGUUGUCCCCGCUAACGACUCCGCCAUGCGAACGUUCGCCGCACAUGACAUUGAGCCUUCAGGAGAUCUUAAUUGUUGGCUCGGCGUGUGAGCAAGCUAAGUUCUCCGAGCUUACAAUGGAUAUGUUUCGCAUGCUACAAACGCUCGAACGUGAGCCAACGGAGUCGUCAACGCAUCCACUGGGUGGACCCCACGGGAUGCAUGGGCACGAUGCUAGUCCCGCAGCCAGUCGUAUACCACCAUACGGUGUUCCAGGCUCUAAGGGCUAUUUAGAGAACGGUCGUCACUACCGAGACAAUCCUCAUAAGUAUUUACUAUACAAGCCUUCGAUUAGUCAACUUCUGGUGUUCUUAGCUAGUGGAUUUAAGGAAUUACCUCCAGGAGGCGCUCUACUUUUAUACAUGUCAGCCGAUGGCUGCUUUUCCACAACAAAACAUCCCGAAGAUUUUGGUUAUGAAUUGGGCGGUCUUGCUACGAGCGUCAAACGUGAUGGCGUAGACAGUGGAAUCGCUUGUCGAGGGAAAUCCUACAAGGAAAAUCAUUGUCUAUAUCCUGGCGAUUUGUAUCCAUUUACGAGGCGACCACUUUUCAUAAUAAUCGAUUCGGAUAAUUCGUUCGUCUUUCAACAUAUACCCCGUUACUUUGGACAACCAUUGGUCAUUCUUAUGUCACCACAAGAUGUACCACCAGCGUUUCAAACUGAUGUCCAACAUCAUGGAUCCCUAUUUACGUUGUUCCUGCAUUCACCAUUGACCGCUCUAUGUUACGUUUGUAAUGUGGGCGAUGUUCCCAUUCAUCAUUGGGAGAGAUGUCAGACUUAUGUAGAUCGUUUUAUAACAGAGGCAUCACGACUGGUCACUCGAUGUCGUAUAGAUGAAAUAGAACAAGGAAUAGGUUAUAUAGAUUCAUCGUAUGUCCAAUUUUUCGGGGACGAUUUCCUGCGCACACUUAUGUUGCGCUUCGUCUUCUGUGAUGUUGUGUUGCGGCUGCAUCGUGGCUUUUGCGGCCGCCACAUGAGACCGCGUUGUGAACCACCAUUACCAUCUAAUGAAUUACUCGAACAUCCAUCGCUCUCGCACAUAAUAUUCCAAUUGGCAUCAGCGCUCGAUGUGCGUGGUCAUUUUUCAGAAGGUCCUGACGGCGAUUGA